AAAGCUAAAUUAUAUCAAAGAAAAAAAUCAAACGACAUUUCCAUCAUGAACUGGAUUUAUCAAACAAUACUUAUAAUCGUAAUACUUCAAAACUUAAUUACCAAUAUUCUUUCAAUUCCAGUGGAACCUGAAACAUUCAUUCGCCGUCAAGAUCAUUAUAUUGGUGGAGUGAAUGAGGCAGAAGAAGAUUAUUGUAUAAGUAUACUUCAUCCGUCCCGUGCGCUUGAAUGCGUCAAAGCAAAAAAUCUUGCAGAUGAAGCAUUAACAAACGCUCAAAAUAAUUUUCCUGAAUCCACUUUGCAUAACGGUUCUGGAGAUGCGUAUCGUCACUGUUACUGGAGUGGACUAUUGACAUUCGAGUUCGGUGUGGCUGGUGCAAAGGGUUUUGGUGAUCGGCAUGAAGAAUCUCCAGAUAAUCCUCCAGAAGAAAAGGCAAUGGACUUGAAUAACAACAAUGUAGGCCGCACGGUUGCAAGUCAAAUUAAAAAUGGAGACAAAAAUGCAUUAAGUGCAGCUUGUAAGCAGGCACUCACUGAUGGGCGCUUAAAGACUUUGAAUUAGACCUUAUUGCCGUAAUCCAAAUUUUUUUUUUUAUUAUGAUAAUAUAAUUAUUUUUUUUUUCGUUAUCUAUAUUAUAACGUAUACCCUAUCCAGCUAUAAAUUUACAUAAUGUAUAAAAAAUUAUUAUCUACUAUCAAACCUAAUAAAAUAACAUUUAUA